UUUAAAAUGGACCAUCAGCAAUUUUCUGAUUUAUUUCCAGACUGCGAAGAAUAUCUACUUGAUUUACAUACUUCUGCAAGUAUUGGAUGUGACGAACGAAUUCAAGAUAUUAUUGAAAGUUGUGAAGAUAAAGCAAUUAUUAAUCAGCAGAACAAAGAAGGUUGGACACCAUUAAUGUAUGCAACUUCUUGUGCUAACUUGAAAGUAGUUUUAUUCUUAUUGGAAGAAGGUGCCAUUACAAGUACAAAAAAUACUUUCGGCUUAACUGCUUUAAUGCUUGCUUCCAAGUGUGGGAGUGUCGAUGUUGUAAAUCUACUUAUUGAUUUUGGAGCUACUGUUAAUGAAAAAGAUCAAAAUGGUUGGACUGCACUUUUCCAUGCUGUAGAAUUAGGUCAUAGAAGUGUUGUUCAACUCUUGAUGGAAAAAGGGGCUAAUGUCAAUCUUUGUGAAUAUUCAGAAAAAUUAACUCCACUGAUGGUAGCAGUUUCUGCAGGCCAUGAAGUGAUUGCUAAAGAUCUUUUGAGUUAUGGUGUAAAUCCUGCUUCAGAAUCAAAGAAGGGAGAAACUGCUAGUGUAAUGGCGCAAAAACAUGGCUUUUUCAAACUGAAAAAUUUAAUUGAUGCUCAUCUACACUCAAAAAAUAAUCAUGUCAGCAGAUUAGAAUGUACAGAUUUACAGACAUUUCUUCAAAAUCUUCAACUUUCAAAAUAUUACCAUUAUUUUGAAAAACAAGGUAUUGAUUUGAGCUCUUUUUGGAUGCUCACAGAAGAAGAAUUAAAAGCAAUUGGAAUUGAGCUUCUUGGACCUCGGAAAAAAAUGUGUAAAUAUAUUUCACUUCAUCAAAACCAAACCCUAAACAGAAAUCCAGAAGGUGCAGCAUAUAUUAAUCAACUUCUAUUUGAAAAUAAGAAGCUUUGUGAUGAAUUAUCAAAGGUGAAAAGUAUUCUGCAUCAGGAAAAGGAAUUAAAAGCAGCAGCUGAGAAUAAUCUUGGUAAAGGGAUUCACACAUUAAAAACCUUCACUUGUACGGUGAAACGUAGUUUAUGCUAUACUAUGCUUUUGGAAGAAGAGUUAAGGAAAAACUUUACUACUCUGAAGACAUUUCUUAACAAUCUGCCUGGAAAGUACUUGGGAACAAAAAGCAAAACUGAUUCACUCUAUUUAUUACUUGAAAGUAUGGACAAAUUGAUCAAUGAUAUUCAACACCAAACAACAAUUGCUUUGAAGCAGACUGAUUUCAGACAUUAAGUAUUGCUUUUUAACAACAAUUGUCUUGCAUUGAUUUGGUAUUGUUAUAUUGAAAUACACCAAAGGAACUUUUAUGUAUGCUUGUGGCGUUUUAUAUAUUUUAGUACUAUUAAAUAACUUAUAAAAAUCAAUUGUUUAACUUUACCUUUUGAACAGUUGAAAAGGAAUCUCACGUUUAUAAUAUAUUUUGUAAAGUGAUGUGUAGUUGUGUACUAUUUUAUUAUAUAUAUAAGUAGUUAUAUACUACUAAAAGUAUUCAUUUCCUUUUGUUUUAUAGACUAGCAUUUUAAAUGCUGCAAGAUCAAAUGUUUCAAAAUAGCUACAGUAUUUAAGACUCCCUAAUAACCUUCCUACAAAUCUUCAUUCUGCUUACAUUGAAAAUGGUAAAAUCUUUGUUAAUCUCUAGUUUUCGAUUUCAAUUUCUUGCUUGCGUCCUAAACCAUAAUACAGCUCCCUCUCUUUAGAUACCUCAUUACAUUUUCACCUUUUAUCAUACAAAAUAUUUGGGAGUUCUUUGUACUGUAGUUAAAUGUUUAAAUUUAUUUUUAUAUACCUAUAAGGACAUAAGGCAAAAAUAAAUUCAAAAGUGUUUUUUGUGAUUGAAAAAUAUAUUUUAUUAAUUUUAUAUUAGUCAAAAUUUUUUAGAUCUUUUUAUGUAUUUUGUACAUUAAACUUUUUAUAUUUUGUAUAGCAUUUAUUAGAAAUAUGUAUUUUUGUAGAAAAGAAAAUAUUUUUGUGCAAUAUGGAGUCAGAAAGCAUAGAAGUUUUAACAUGACAAACUAAACUUCAAAUAAGUUUAUUAACUAUUUUAGGAUGCUGAAAAAAGCUUGACUGGUCAACUCUUAUUCAAUUUCAUGAUUUGGGAAAGAUAACGUUUUCCUACGGCUUUAGUACAACUAUUGUACAAGUAGAAAUUCAGCUUUUGUAACCAUGGUGCCUUACUGAAUAAAUAAGGCAUCAAAACAAAUUUUCUUUAGAAAUGUUAAAGAUUUAGUUUUAUUGAAUAUUAAAACUAAAGCCAUACAUGAACUACCAUAUAAAUGCAUGAAGGUGCACCAGCAAUGCACUUGCUGCCUUAAGUGCCUGUCAUACAGUGAAGGUUUGUAUUGCUUAAGUGUUUUGUGAAUUAAUUUUAUAAUCUUAUAUGUAGUUCCAGAGCAAAUUAUGUUAGAAUUGUUUGAUGUACCAUUGCAUAUUUUUGCAUUUUGAAAAUUCAUUUAAAUGAGCCAAUAAUUUUAUUGUAUUUCACAUUCAUACAAUGUCAUUGUGAAAAUUCUUUACAUUUAGUUCAUCAAAAUGUGAGAUAUAUGUCAGCAUUUAUUUCAAUCAUGUUCAUAUUUGACAUACUCUCUGUGAUGAGUGAUGAGUUAUAAACAACAGAAGUCUGACAGUUUUUUGAAAAUUGUUAUUAGAAUGCAUGUGUUUAGUUAAAUGUUAAUUCUUUUAUUUUUUUACAAACCUAAAAUAUUCAAGGAGGAAGCAAGGUUAAUUUGAUACAAAAAAGACAUAUUUUCAAUAAAAUGUUUUGGUGACAUAGUUAUUACAUAUCUAUUUGUAUAAUUACUAAAUAAUAAAAUAGUUGAGGAAUAUUCUAAAAUUUUCAUUAGUUUUUGGGAUAAAAUGAGCUAUUAUCAGCAACCGUCCUUGGACGUCUCAGAAAAAAAAAAAAAAAAAAAAAAAAAUCAUGGCAAUACCCCUCAUUACUGUAUCAUCCGAAAUAAAAAUUAUUUAUAAAUAGAUAAAUAAAUUUAAAAAAAUAUUAUUUCUUAAUAAGUUUCUGCAGGUUCCAAUGUCGAAUUUUUGUUCUCUUUCAAAAUGUUGAAGUACUUCCAAGUAGUCAAAUUUUCAGUUCUUUUAAAUAAAAAAUCAGUGUUUUUACUUCUAAGAACUGUAAAAAAAUGGAAAAUAAAUUGGAAAAAAAAAACUUUUUUAUAUGACAUCUUCCGAAAGUCACUGUCAAUGGCUCAUUUCUUCAUAAAAAUUCCACAGAAUUUUCUUCAAACACUACUUGAUUAUGUAGUAAUUUAAGAAAUAAAUAUGAUAUUCACUGUGUUGUCCAAAAAAUUAAAAAGAUGCCUUUUUAUGUCAAAAUUAUGUCCCCAUUUUAAAUGAGAAAAAAAUGAACUAAAUAAUAUAAUUAAAAAUUUCCCCUCUUUUUUCCUAUCAUUUCAUCUUUUAAAGAAAUAGAAAUUCAAUGAUGUUUUAUUUUCAACAUAAAGUUAUGACAGGCUUCAAAAGCUGUACUUAGGGCUCUUAGACCAGAAAAUAUACCAGCAUUUUGCUUAACUUACUCUCUUCUUAUCUUUUAGCUUGUUAAAUGUUGUGUCUUUAUUCAUGGAAAAAUGUGAUUCAUCAUUAUAUGAACACUUGUUUGUGAAUAACCUUGAUUAAGAAAAAAUGUAUUGGUCUAUUGAAUAAAAAUUUUAAUUGCCU